CUUCCGGCCCAAAUACUCUUCGUUGUUCCCAUUCACACUGCGCGAGUCGAAGUCCCAAGCGCUCGCCGCCGCCGCCGCCUCCUCUUCUCCGUCGCCGGCAGCCGGUCGCCGCCACCGCCGCCGAUCCGAGCCCGACCGCCAGCCACCCGCUAGCUCCCUCUCUCGCGUUUCCAAACCCCCAAAAAGGUGGUGCCGCCGCCCCGUGUUCCUCAGGCGCUACCACUAAUAACAAACUAGAAGAAAAGGGAGGGUUUCCUGCGAUUUCUCCUCGAUGCUCCGGAUCGCCUCUCGCGCGGGUUUGCUCGGUGGUAGGAGAUGCUACAGCGCCGCCGCCAAGAGCGGCCCCUCGAUCGCCGGGGUAAGCGACAUCAUCGCCGUCGCCUCCGGGAAAGGCGGCGUCGGCAAGUCCACCACUGCAGUUAACAUUGCUGUAGCACUUGCCAAGAAGUUUCAGCUUAAGGUUGGUCUGUUAGAUGCCGACAUAUAUGGACCAUCCAUACCCACAAUGAUGAAUCUCCAUGCAAAACCUGAAGUAAGUGAAGAUAUGAGGAUGAUUCCAGUUGACAACUAUGGAGUACAAUGCAUGUCCAUUGGGUUUCUUGUUGACAAAGAUGCACCAAUUGUUUGGAGAGGUCCUAUGGUAAUGAGUGCUCUUGAGAAGAUUACAAGGGGGGUAGCCUGGGGUAAUCUUGAUAUUCUUGUUGUUGAUAUGCCCCCGGGCACUGGUGAUGCUCAGCUAUCAAUGUCCCAAAGGCUUCGGUUAUCUGGUGCUUUAAUUGUUUCAACUCCCCAAGAUAUCGCUCUAAUUGAUGCUAGAAGAGGAGCAAAUAUGUUUCGUAAAGUUCAAGUCCCUAUUCUGGGUUUAGUGGAGAAUAUGAGCUGUUUCAAGUGCCCGAAGUGUGGUGAGAAGUCUUACAUUUUUGGGGAAGGUGGAGGUCAGAGAACUGCAGAAGAAAUGGAUAUGAAAUUAAUCGGUGAGAUACCUCUUGAAAUCGACAUCAGAACAGGUUCAGAUGAAGGUACUCCAAUUGUGAUAUCAUCACCAGAUUCUGCAUCGGCACAGGCCUACAUACAGGUCGCUGAGAAGGUGAUCCACAGGCUGAAGGAGUUAGCCGAGGAACGACAGAUGGGACCAGAAAUCUUGCUUUGAGAGUUCAUACCGCCCCUGUAGAACUGUUCCCGUUCCUCUUCUGGUUCGAGCUGCAUCCCAGUAGCUGAUAGCCUUUCACUCAAAAUAAGAAGUAAACAUUUGGUAACAUCCUUGUCAGCCCCACAAAGUGUAGAGGCCGGGUUUGAUAAUCCUUUAUCUAAAAAAACAUCCUUGUCACCCAUGUACUUUUGCCAAAUUUUGUAACAUUGCAGAAAUAUUGUUGAAUCCUGGUAUAGGAUCAUAUACUCAUGUACCAUUUUAGAGAAGUAAGGAAUUUUCACUGCGUUUAUUUA